AUGGGGGAUGAUACAAGGUCUAAAGAAAAUUCUCCUCCGGAAUCGCUUCCUACAUCAGUAAUAGCCAAUCCAGAGAUGGAUGAGUCGAACGGUACUCAUUUGACAGCCGUAGAUACCAAUGGGAAAACAGACUUUCCUGAAAUAGCCCCAUCCAAAGUGCCGGUCACUACCUCGGAAGAUAAUAGAGAGCCAACCGGAACUCAAGAAAAUUAUACUAACAAUGACAUGACAGCAUUGGAGUCGAGUGAAGUGAAAAUAAUUGCAAGACCAACACCCGAGGACGAUCAUUUGCCCUCGGAUUCAUCCCAAGUUGUUACAAGUUCCAAGAAGCAUCAAAAUUCCCCUGUGCAAGCUAAAAUGUCGAGUAAUAUCACAUUAAACAGAGGUCAAAUUGACACAACGGCACCUUUUGAGUCGGUCAAGGCUGCUGUUUCCAAGUUUGGAGGCAUUGUCGACUGGAAAGCCCACCGUGUACAAACUGUUGAGAGACGAAAAAUCAUUGAACAAGAGCUUGAGAGGGCACAACAAGAAAUCCCUUUAUACAAGAAACAAUCGGAAGUGGCCGAGGAGGCCAAGAUCCAGGUCAUAAAGGAACUCGACACCACAAAACGGCUCAUUGAAGAACUGAAGCUCAACCUUGAGCGGGCCCAGACCGAAGAGCAGCAAGCUCAGCAAGACUCCGAGCUAGCGAAGCUACGACUUGAGGAGAUUGAGCAAGGCAUUGCCGACGAGGCCAGCUUUGCCACCCGGGCCCAGCUCGAAGUCGCCCGAGCCCGCCAUACAACUGCCCUUUCCGAGCUCAAAUCCAUCAGGGACGAGCUGGAGCAGCUGAAGAGAGAAUACUCCCUCGUGCUGGUUGAAAAGGACCUGUCUGUGAAGAAAGCUGAGGAAGCCGUUGCCUGGUCGAAAGAAAUUGAAAGAUCGGUUGAGGACCUGACAAUCCAGCUCAUAACCGCGAAAGACUCAUUGGAAUCUGCCCAUGCGGCCCACUUGGAGGCCGAGGAGCACCGGAUUGGGGCCGUCAUGGCCAAGGAGCAAGAUAUACUCACUUGGGAGAAGGAGCUGAAGAACACGGAGGACGAGCUCGAGCAGAUGAGGAAGAAAAUCUCGGCCUCCCUUGAUCUCAAGUUGAAACUCGACAAGGCCUCAGUCCUGCUGCAGGACCUCAAGGAAGAGCUGGCAGUCUACAUGGAGUCCAAGCUCGAGCAAGAUGAGUUGGCAAAGUCGGACACCACAGACCGGAUGAACAUCGAGGCUGCUCUCUCUGAGGCGAAGAAGGAGCUCGAAGAGGUGAAGCUAGACAUGGAAAAGGCGAAAAACGAGGUUAGCAUCCUGAGGGUGGCCGCGAGCUCGUUGAAGUCCGAGCUCGAGCGGGAGAAAACAGAGCUGGCCGCCAUACAGCAGCGGGAGGGGAUGGCGGAGAUCGCCGUCUCGUCCCUCGACUCCGAGCUGCGGAGGACGGAAUUGGAAAUCUCAGAGUUGCGGACGAGAGAGAAGGAAGAGAGAGAGAAGAUGAUGGAGCUCCCCAUGAAGCUGCAGGAGGCGGCCCUGGAAGCCGAUAGGGAGAAAACACUCGUGGAGAGUGCGCGGGAGGAGCUCAGAAAGGCUCAGGAGGAGGCUGAAGGAGUUCGGGCUGGGGCUGCCACCAUUGAGAGCCGGCUGCGGGCGGCCCGGAAAGAGAUCGAGGCGGCUCAGGCCUCUGAGAAGCUGGCAGCCGCAGCUAUAAGCGCUUUGGUUGAGAGCGAGUCAGAUGGGGCAGUCGGUGGGGUGACACUAUCACUGGAGGAAUACUACGAGCUCAGCAAGCGGGCCCAUGAGGCUGAAGAGCAGGCGAACGCCCGAGUGGCGGCUGCACUGUCUCAGAUUGAGGUGGCCAAGGCGUUGGAGGUGAAGAGCCUGCGAAAGCUGGAGGAGGCCGAGCAGGAGAAGGCCGAGAGGCAAGCCGUCCUUGAAAGGGCGCUGAAGGAGGAGGAGAGGGCUAAGGAGGGAAAACUUGGGGUCGAGCAGGAGCUCAGGAAAUGGAGGGCUGAGCAUGAGCAGACGAGGAGGAAGGCGGCUGGGGCUGGGGGCCACUCUGGAAGUUUGAAUAAAUCUCCAAAAAUGAGUUUCGAAGAGAAAUCUGAUUCCAAGAAUUCGACCAGCACGCCCAACUCGUCAGCUUUGCCCGUGUUGAGUCCAAAAUCGUACACGAGCUACACGGAAACUGAUACAUCCCCAGAAGUUAGAGUGGCGAAGAAAAAGAAGAGAUCUUUGUUCCCUAAAAUAUUGAUGUUCCUCAGCAAAAAGAAGUCACAUGCCAUGUCUAAGAAGUCGUUCUCGUAA